AUGACCCCGCCGCCCGAGUACAAGUUUGUCAACUUCGGCGCCGACGAGGGAGAAUUCCAGCCGGCAAACAAAUCCGUCCGAAGCCAUGCUAUCAGGACGGCCAUCCAGAAGGGUGCCUCUGAGCUGUAUACCAAUACGGCACUGAUAUCUCAGGACACCAUCAAGCGCAAAGCGCAGUUGAAGGGCCGCUUCAGACUGCCUGCGACUCCUGCGAAACCUACCUCCGCAGGGCAAAGCUCCAGGGGCAAGCCAAGACAAACUACAACACCUCAUUCCACCAAUGCGUCACGGACGACUCCUCGUCAGUCGUUGCAGAAUUCACUUGAAUCCGUGACGCAGGCUUCUUUGCCUCCUUGGGUCCAGCGGCUGGGUAGCGAUAACGCAGACCCCUUCAACACGCUGCCCAUCCCGAGCAAUUCCUCGGUGGAUUCUCUGGUCAGAUACUUCAUCACAAGGUUCAACCUCAAUUCGACCACGACUGACCAGCAGAGGCCAUGGUUUCCCUACGCCAUGCAGAGUGCUCUCAUCAUGCGCGUCACGCUCGCUCUGGCAGCCGAGUUCUUGACGGCGACGAUGCCCUCGCUUGAUCCGAAGCUCCAACGCGAAGGGUACCAACAGAAAGGCGAGGCCAUGCGCAUCAUCAGGACUCGGCUGGAGUCUCGAGAGUCUGCCAAGAGCGCAAGCGACGACCUGUCCGUACUUGCCGGCGUGGCCAUGCUGGGAAGCGUCGAAGCAUUCCAAGGCCAUUUUGCAGCAGCAGAGGUACACCUGACCGGACUUCAUUCCAUGAUGGAGGCCCGAGGCGGGCCAGACACGAUCAAACACGACUACAUCCUCUGCCGUUGCAUCAACUGGAUUGACAUCCAAGUGGCAUCCGGUCUGGGGAGGAUUCCGAAAUUUCCCAUGUUCCAUACCCUCGACCAGGUCUCUCUGCCAUCAUCAGUCGUGAAUCGCGCAAUGACACCUUCCUUGCGUCACCUGGACAGGCUCGGAGGCCACAAUCCCGACGAGAGCAAUGAACCACGUAAGAUUUUCGUGAGUCUGAGGCAAGCAAUCUGCUCGCAGGCGGGGGCCGUGUCAGCAGACGACAUCAGAAUCGUCAUGAACACCGCAGACAGCUCGAUCCUGCACUUCCUGUACGUGGAGCGUCGAAUAGCGACACCUGUCCAGAAGCGGUUCCUCGUCUUGGUCGCGGCGGCUCACGUUUUUCUGUACGUCGUCCUGCGAGAGAUCCCGACAACCGGGCACAUGAUCCGGCUCUUGGUAGCGCGCAUGCGGGCCGCGCUGGACGACGCAGACUCCAUCGCACUCAUCUGGGUCUCCCACGACGCCGCCCUGCUCUGGAUCCUCUUCGUCGGUAUCGUCGGGUCCGGAACAACAGAGGACCGCCAGUGGUUCGCUUCGAGAUUGCACAAGGUUCUGGACAGAGCCGGCGACGUGUUGCCCCCAGAGCGAUGUAACCGCGAAACCUUACAGCAGAUGCUCGCGGGAUUUCUUUGGCGGGACGAGCGAUGUCUGCCGGUCCUGGAGGAAAUCUGGGGGAGUCACACGCAGUAA